ACCUACGUACGUGUGGACUUUUCAAAUAUCCUUCUCAUUAUGACUGAAGUUGCAAGUCGCACAUGUUCACUUUCCUCAAUCGAUGAAUCUUUAGCUAGGCAAUUGGCCAAGGUUCACUCUGAGCAAGUAAAAAAACAAAAGUUGCGUCAGAAAAUUAAAAAUGAAAGGUUAGCUAUUACAUUGAAAUGUCCAGGUACCAUUUUGUACUAGUUCGUGUUUUGCAUUUAGGUUUUAGUAACAUGAAAUAGUUAAUCUAAUUUUACUUUGCUAGAAAAGACAACCCUUAUGAAAUAAAAAGUACACAUAUGAAGAUUUGAAAACGAUUUAAUGUUUAUCUGACAUCACAAUAUGAUUUUUAAAAUCCAAUUUCAUAAAUGAAAGAGUACAGAGGUGCAUGGAUCUUUAAUUUUGUGAUAGAUUGUUCUUCAUUUUUAAUCAAAGUUUCCUGGUCUUCUGAAUAGAAAAGCGCCUAUUAUUAGUAAAUACCACUGACUUAUUACAACUGAGAAAGAUACAGUAGAUAAAAUAGCUUGUCAAUUUUGCGGCUUAACAGUCGGACAUUUGAGAAUAGCCGAAAUAGUUUGGCGAUAUAUAAUGUACACUUCAGUUGAACAGUAUCAGACGUUGAAAACCAAGAAGAAGCAAGCAUCUGCUUCACUUCGUUUGUUAAUUCUUUAUAAUCCUGGAACUAGGAGUCCUCAUGGGUUUGAGUUUAAGAACCACUGUUUUUGUGAUGAAUACAACUUUGUUAACCACUGAUUUAGGAUUCAUUAGUUCAUCAUCUUAACUUCAACGAAUUUCUCAUUCUUUAUCAUUGGUUAAUCACUGUUUUUGUCCCAUCAGUCUAACUUCAGUAUAAUAGGUUCAAUUACGAGAAUAUGCAGUAACGUAACAAUAUUAUCUCACACUUGUCUCCAAAGUAUGGACCUCCGUCCUCUCUAUUAGUGGGCACUAUCAAGAUAUUCCAUGCUAAGCCAAAACAGCUGCCAAGUGUUCCCUGAUAUGUAAUGACUUUUUGACCAGAGUUUGUUCGCAGUUAAAACUAUUCUUAAGCUAUGUUAGUUCUCACAAAACACCCGAAUAAAUACAUCGAUAAAACUGUAGAGCCUGAUGAUGAAGUUAGUGAAAACAAUUGUUCGCUCAAAUUUUCUUAAUUUUUGAACAUCAGUAACUUUAAUUUAUCUCAUUUUCAUUUACUAUCACAUUAAUACGUAAAUUAGUAUCUGGUUAAUCAGUGAAAAAAUGUAAAUAUAUAUGUUGGAUGUUAUACUGUUCAUCUUUUGAUGGUGCAUUUGAAGGCUGUUUGUCAGUUUAAUGAAUUUCUAUUCUUUGAUUUUGCAAGCAUUGAAAUUCGUGAACUUGAAAGCAAACUACGAAGUGCUUAUGUAGCUAAAGAACAACUUGCACAAAUGGCCGAAAAACGUGCUCUUGCUUAUGACUUGAUGGUCAGUAAAAUGUUGUUAUUUUAUUUCUCUCAGGACGAUACAUUAUCACUGAUUAUUUUUCAUAAACGCCAUAUGAACUGAUUAAAUUUGACCAAAUAAAAGGUGUAUCGAAAUUAUUUAAGUAUCACGACUAAUAGAUGGAGUUAAUUAGUACGAAACUAUACACCUUAUUUUAAUGUUGGAAAUUAGAAUUAGAAAAGUGAAACCAUUUCAUUGUUUAGAAGACAAUCCUUUCAAUCUUAUGAUGGAAAUAUUUCAAUUUUCAAAUCUACCACAGAAGUAUGGGUGAUUCCCUAACAAUCAGUUAUUUUUGAUCACCCUCAUUAAAAUAAUAUUUAACCAAACUCAUUUACGAAAUAUUAUUUAUUUCAUUCAACAAAAUCUAAAAUGUAAAGUUUGAUUUUCUAUGCUAAUCAUUUUUUUCAUCAAAGUAACCUCCUUUUACUCACCACUUAGUGGAUGUGAGUAUGUAUUUGUUAUAAAUACCUCAAGUUUGAUAAUGGUUAUGAAGUUUUGUUCGACGUUUCAUUAUUAUUAACGUAAAUUUAGUCAUAGUUUUAUUAUGUGUUGUUUAAAUUUUAAAACAUUUUAUAUUGAGAUUAGAUAUUUCUCAUGAAUAAUAUCAGAGGACAGUAGAUAUUACGAAAUGUUUAUCAAAUUUUGGAUAAGACUAGUUAAGAUAUCAGUCAGUUGUCUUACUACUUGAUGAUAAAAUAUCUUUUUAAUUUCUGAAAAAUUAUUAGACUGAAGAAGCUUUACAAGCUCAUCGUUUAAAUUCACAACUUGGUGAUGAAUUAAUUAGAGCUGAACAAGAAGAAACUCGUAGAAAACAAUCACAAAUUCAACUUCGAAAUGAAUUAGACACACAAAUAAUGGAACAAGUAGAAUUACGAAAAAAGGUUUAUCAAGAAUUUUUACAUGAUAAACAAAUGGUUGAUGAAGUUGUCAAGCGAAUAAAAGAAGAAGAUGAAUAUGAACAACAAAAACGUCAAAAAAGAAAAGAAUUAAUUCGUCAAGAAAUUGAUCAAUAUCAAAAGGAACGUGAAGAACAUACAAAAGCUGAAAAAGAAAGUCUUCAAAAAGAAUUGGAAGCAGUUAAUGCAUAUACUACUAAGAAAGAUAAUGAAGAACAGUUAAUUAAAGCAGCACUUAAAUCAAGACAAGAACAUAUUGAAAAGUUACAAGAUGAACUAGGCAAAAGGCUGUUAGAAAAAGAAAAAGAACGCAGAGAACUGGAAGAAAUACGUCAAACAUUAAUUUUGGAAGAAAAUGACAAAAAGAUUAGAGAAGAACGAGAAAACCAAUGGAUAACAAAGUUAACUAAUCAACGGAAACUCUAUGAAGAUUAUAAAGAACAACUUUUAUUGAAAGAAAAACAAAAACAGAUUGAAAAGCAAGAAGCUUUACAGAUUCGAAAUUAUAUGUUAGCUAAAUUUGAAGAAGACGAACGUUUAGAACAAGCAGAAUUAGAAAAACGUCAUCUUAAACAAAUGGAAUACGCUAAUGAAGCACAUAAAUUGUUAAUUGAAAAACGUCAACGUAUAAUGCAAGAGUAUGAACAGGCGAAAAAAGAGCUAAAUGCAGAAAAACAACGCAUUUUAGAAGAAAAACGAAUUGUGGAAGAGGAAAGACAACAUUUACUAAGACAACAUGCCAAUAAUCUAUGGAAUCAUUUGCCCAAAGGUAUUUUCCGAUCAAAGGAAGAAUAUGAAUCCCUUAAACAUUUAAAUUGUGAAAAAUAAGUGUAUUUACUUUCUUCAAACUAAGAAAUCCUAUCCCACAUUUAUCAUAAAAUACUCGUGAUCUAUUAUUAGGGUUAUAUUUUAAUUAUGAUGCAUAAAUUUCGAUAUUCAAUAAAUU